CAUGAAACCGGAAGUCAAAAAGUUAUGCCACGUUGAGCAAGGGAAACGUGGAUGAUUUACUUGUGGAAUCUGUUACGUGGUAUACAAAAUCCAAGAAUCCCACAUUGAGGAAACAUUGAUUCAAGAUGAGAGUGAAAGAGAUUGAGCGGACGGCCAAUGUAGCCUGGUCGCCUGCUGCACAGCAUCCGAUCUACAUGGUGGCUGGAACCGCAGCACAACAGCUUGAUGCCACAUUUAGCACAUCGGCAGCUUUAGAGGUAUAUAGUCUUAAUUUGGGAGAUCCAACUCUCAAUAUGCCACUGGUUUCUACUGUCCCAUCAGACUGCAGAUUUCACAAGCUGGUGUGGGGCUCCCACGGGAUGUCUCCAGAGAAUGGUGAGGCCGGGUUUAUUGUUGGCGGGACGGACAAUGGAGGUGUGUACUGCUACAGUGCCACUAAGAUGAUCAGAGGGGAUACAGAUUGUCUUCAAUUCAAACAGGAUAAACACACUGGUGCUGUCAAGGCUCUCGACUUCAAUCCAUUUCAGUCAAACUUGUUGGCAACAGGUGCCUCUGACUCUGAGAUACACAUCUGGGACUUGAACAAACCUGACAGUCCAAUGACACCUGGUGCUAAGUCACAGCCACCAGAAGAGGUAGCAUGUGUGGCAUGGAAUCAACAAGUCCAGCAUAUUUUGGCCUCCACAUUCACCGCCCGCUGUGUUGUCUGGGACCUCCGCAAAAAUGAACCCAUCAUUAAGAUUAGUGAGAGCAUGUCACGGAUGAAGAGUAAGUCUGUAGCUUGGCACCCAGAGGUUGCAACUCAACUGUGCCUGUCUUCUGAAGAUGACCAUACACCAAUUAUACAACUCUGGGACCUCCGCUACGCUACAUCUCCACUCAAAGCCUUUGAGAACCACAAACGAGGUGUGUUAGAUAUUGCGUGGUGUGCCCAAGAUUCUGACUUGCUACUGAGCUGUGGGAAAGAUAACAGAAUUCUAUGUUGGAACCCUAAUAGUAACAAACCUGAUGGAGAGGUUGUUUAUGAGCUGCCGACAAGUACUCAGUGGAGUUUUGAUGUCCAGUGGUGUCCCAGAAAUCCAGCUAUCAUUUCUAGCUCAUCCUUUGAUGGUCAUGUGACAAUGUACACUUUAAUGGGUGGAGGUCAUCCGGUACAGCAAUCCAAUAAGGUAGCUGAAUCUUUCAAUACCAAUGACCCGUUCGCUCAGGGGGCUGUCAGUCAGGCCAUGCAGCAGGCUGAUGUGGUGCCACUACAAAAAGCACCAAAGUGGCUCCGGCGACCGUGUGGGGCCUCCUUUGCUUUUGGCGGCAAAUUAGUAUCAUUUGACGGAUCAAAGGCACAGCCUUCAUCACAACAGCCAGCGCCACCUAGGGAGGUUUUCAUUAGCCAGGUUGUCACGGAAACUGAUCUGAUCACAUGCUCAUCCCAGCUGGAGCAGGCGCUGAUAAACGGACAGUAUGUGGAGUUCUGUGCUAUGAAGGCAGCCAACUGUCAAGACACAAUGCAAGAGAGUAUUUGGAACUUUUUGAGGGUGAAUUUUGAAAAGGAACCAAGAGAACACUACAUACAGUUGCUGGGAUACGACAAAACAGAUCUGGCUAAAAAGGUUGCACAGCAUGCAUCAGGAGACGAUUCAAGUGUUGGUCAAGGUGUUGACGCCUCUGAGCUUGCACAGAAAAUGUCUCUCCUGGACACAGUGGACCUACAGAGAGGCUUGUCAGGUUCUGGGCAGGCUUCUCCAAGCGUUGGCUCCAAGACACCUGUUAGUCGAGAUGAGUUCAACUCGUCAGCAUCUUCUGUAUUUGAUGACAUAGCUGCACAGAAUAAGAAGACUCCUGGAAGUGGGGAUGAGUUAUCUGCCUUUGAUGAUAUAGCUGCUCACCAGAAGGAAAAGGAACGACCCCAGUCACCUCUUAAUAUACCUUCAGAUGGAGAUGCUGAUGGUCUGCUGAGCCAGGCAUUAUUGAUGGGGAACUUUGAAGCGGCGGUGGACAUCUGUCUGAGUGAGGACAAGAUGGCUGAGGCAGUCCUCCUAGCUAUUGCUGGCGGUCCAGACCUCCUUAGCCGUACUCAGAAAACGUACUUCAAGAAAAACAAGAGCAGUCUAGGCAGAUUAAUAUCAUCAGUGGUGACUCACAACUGGUCACACAUCAUACAGACGUGUAACCUAGACAACUGGAAAGAGGCUUUGGCUCUCAUACUAACUUACGCAUCACAGGACGAAUUUGUUUCUCUAUGUGACACUCUUGCAACUCGCCUGGAGUCAGAGCGGGCUGGUAACCUAUCAAUGUACGCUAGUCUGUGUUAUAUCUGCUCCGGUAACGUGGACAAACUGGUGGAGAACUGGAACUACAACACAAAAGCUAACAAUACUCCAAUGGGUCUUCAGGACUUGGUAGAGAAGGUGAUGGUUCUUAGAAAGGCUGUGUCUUUAUCACGUGGUCAAGAACAGGAAGUGACCAAAGGUCUCCUGGCUAAUAAACUGAAUGGCUAUGCCAGUCUGCUAGCUGCACAGGGAAGCAUGGAGACAGCAAUGAGAUACCUCGGCAACUCAUCAGAGGCUAAUUUGUCCAUUUUGAAGGACCGUUUGUUCCAUGCACUGGAACAAAGCAACUAUGGUGUCCAAGCCCCACCCUUUCCAUUCAACAAGGUCAAUCUGAUACCACAGGGUGAGACCCCUGUACAGAGCCCCACCCACAGAACAGCACCUGCUGCCCACUCGCUGAGCUCUCGUAUGUACCAGACACAUGCCGGAGCAACUUUCAACACAAGUACAACAGGCAGCAAAAGCUAUGCAGCCCCUAACCAGUACCCAACAACUACCCCCUACAGCACCAUGAAUGGUCAAGCUUCCACGAAUCCUGGACAGGGUCAAGGUCAGAGCUAUGGAGGACAGAUUUACAACCCUAACUCAAUGCCGUCAUCAACAGCAUCAAAUGCCGCAUCUGGGGCCAGUGCACCGUCUAAAGGUCCCCUGUCCCAUAAGUAUCCCCAGUAUCCUCAGGCGAUGCCUAGCUACGAUCAAGCUCAACAGUACGGCCCUGGUAGCUAUGGUCAACAGCAGUAUCAACCAGGUUACACUGGCCAGUCUAUGUCAUCACAUACCCCUUACUAUGGAGACUCAGCGGCAAACCCAGCUGGCUCACAGAUGGGAUCCAACCAGGCUUCUAACAUCUACAACCCAACCAACACCAUGACAAGUGUGCCCCCCCAGCAUGCAGCAGCCAGUAGUACCCUACCCUCCCAGUCCUCCUUUAUGGACCACAAGCCUGCCACUGCCUGGAACGACCCGCCACUGGUAAAGGACAGGAAACCAAAGCAGUCUGAAAGUCACAGUCAGGCACCAUUUACCUCUCCUCUGUACGGCAUGGCGACCGAGUCUAGUAACCAGCAAGCCAUGCCUGCAGACCAGGGACCCCCAGGGGCUCCCGUGAAUUACUCAAACUUAUACAACCCACAGGAGCACCAAAGAGAGGUUCAGGCUCCUCCUUCAAAUGCAAGUGUCCCAGAACCAGUGCAGCCAGUAGCUAAACAACCAAUACCCUCAGAACACCAAGUGCUACAGGACAUAUUUGGUUCUCUAGUCAAUAAUUGUUCUUCUGUUGCCUCCAAUGCCCAAAUGAAGAGGAAGCUAGACGAUGUUAGCAAAAAAUUAGAAAUACUUUACGACAGAUUGCGUAAUGAAAUGCUGUCCCAGAACGUGUUGCUAGGACUACACCAGAUCGUCCAGGCGAUACAACAAUAUGAUUACAACACCGGGAUACAAGUGUACACACAGAUGGUCAGUCAGGGCAACUUCUCUGAAAUCAGUAGCUUUAUGCCGGGACUCAAAAUGUUACUCCAGUCUGCCAUGCAGAUGCAAGUGUACGUUCAGACCCAAUGAUGAUAACCCUUCAUAGAUUUUGAAAAAUUAGACAUGAAGAAUAGAGAAUGAAAACGGACAUUAUAGUAAUCAAGACUCUAGGAUACGUGUGAUAUUAAGAUAUCAUUAUUUACUGCAAAAUAAUUUUUAAUCAUGGCAUGCUGAAAUUCUAUUAAGAAAAUUUGUAGCGAUUAAAAUCUUUAACAAUCUACACAUUAUAUCCAUUUUUCCAUCAUUGAAUUAAGAAUAUGGUUUUGGUCAUCAGUUUCAAUGAGAGCUUUGUUUUCUCAAAACUUAAAAAAGUAUCUGAAAUAUAGUAAUAAUAUUCUACAUUACUUGUGUAAUAUUUCAAACUUUUCAUCACAAGAAGCUUGAGUAAAAGUACAUUCUAGUUAAAAUAAGUUUUUUAGCAUGAAAUCAAGGUUUUACUAUACCUAUCUGAUGCAGUGUGUAUACGCUCCCUAUUGAU